UUAUUCAGUUAGAUUUGAAACGGUAGCUAGAACGGUUCUAAACGAAUUGCCUUAAGGGCAAUUAUAACAAAUAUUACUAUACAAUGUGUGUUUCCUCCCUUACAACACGAUAAAGCAGCAACAACAACAACAAUUAGUGACACAAUAAAAUGGAUUCCAUACCAAACACCCCCGUAACAGAAAAUGACGCACCACGAAUUUAUCCCAUCAAAAGAACCAACACAGAGGAUGACUUAGAUUUUGAAACACCAGCCGAUUAUGAAACAGCCAUUAAAGUUUGUGGUUUUGGACGUUUCAAUGUGUUGCUGUUAUUGGUGGCCAUACCAGCCAUUAUGGCGGCUGUAUUUGAAACUGCUGUGGUUUCAUUUAUCCUGCCAAGUGCCGAAUGUGAUUUGAAUUUGGAUCUGGUUGAUAAGGGUAUUUUGAAUGGCAUCACUUAUGGAGGUAUGAUUGUAUCUGCCGUUGCCUGGGGUUAUCUGGCCGACACGAAGGGUCGUAAAAAUCUACUUAUCUGGGGAUUUGUGAUCGAUGUGAUAUGUGUUAUCUGCUCAGCCUUGUCUCAAAAUGUUGUCCAACUGAUGCUGGCGAAAUUUUUUGGCGGUUUUGUAAUUUGCGGGCCAUUUGCCGUUCUAAUUUCAUAUCUAACCGAGUUCCAUGGCACAAAUCGUCGCCCCCAGGUUAUGAUGAUUAUUGGCAUAAUGUUUAUGACCGCAAACAUUGUAUUGCCGAUUUUGGCAUUAUCAAUUCUACCAAACGAUUGGAGUUUUCAAAUAUUCAAUAUGAAAUUUGUUUCAUGGAAAAUAUUCAUGGCAAUAUGCGGAUUACCGAGUUUAUUAAGUAGCAUACUGUUGUGUUUUCUGCCUGAAAGUCCACGUUUUCUCAUGUCGAAGGGUAGAAAUUGCGAGGCAAUGGAAGCAUUUAAAAUGAUGUAUUCAAUGAAUAAGGGGAAAUCAAGGGAUUCAUUUCCAAUAAAAUCCCUGAUUGAAGAGGUAAAGCAGAAACAAUAUAAAACUGCAAAUAACCAAUGUAAUAUAUCCAUAAUUGGUGCAGCACCGAGAAUAGAAAACAAUGUGGAGUUGAAAUCUUCUAAAAAGUCCAACACUUUUCGAGAACUUUGCUCAAAGAGAAAUUUGGGAUUAUGCCUUGUCGUCUGUUUAAUGCAAUUUUUUAUUUUACUGGGAUUGAACACAAUGCGUCUUUGGCUGCCGCAACUAUUUGCAUCGCUUAAUGAAUAUGAACACAUCUCUUCGGAGGCAACCAGUAUGUGUAAAAUUUUGGAAUAUAGUGUUAAUAAGACAGAGAUUGUUAAAAAUGUAAUCGAUGAGUGUGUUGUGGUCAUAACUCCUGCCACUUACACCAAUAACAUUGUUGUGGCCUGUGUUGGUUUGGUCACCUACCUCAUAGCUGGGACUCUGGUCAAUAAAAUUGGCAAUAAACAAAUGCAGAUAAUCGGUUUAUCUUGCGCUGGUGUCUGUGGCAUCGGCCUCUAUUGGUCAUCAUCUUCGGUGGCCACUUUAAUCAUAUCUUCAUUGUACGUGGCUCUGUGUAGUAUGGCAAACACCUCUGCUGUGGGAGCCUCGGCGAAUUUAUUUCCUACUUCAUUAAGAACAAUAAUUGUCUCCAUGGCCAUGAUGCUUGGCCGCAUUGGUUCGAUUUUGGGCAAUGUUCUUUUUCCGGUCUUCAUGUCAUUUGGUUGCAUUCCACCUUUUGUGAUGGUUGGUGCUGUUUUGUUUAUUGGUUGCAUAUUGGCUUCAAUUUUACCAAAUACUAGUAAAUUAGAACUAAAGUAAAUAGAUUUUUAUUAAAAUCAAAUAUUACUUUUAAAACAAUACAAUAAUAAGGAAAUAAUGAAAAUGUGUUAAAAUAAAUGUCAUGUAAAAUA